AUGUCUCGUUCUCUCGAUGGCAAGCUCGGAAUCGUGACCGGCGCCUCUCGAGGCAUCGGCGUUGCCAUCGCCGAGCACCUCGCCGCCAAAGGCUGCAACCUCAUCCUGGGCUACACCUCCCCCUCUUCCCAAUCCCCAGCCGAACAACUCGCAACAGACCUGAGCACAAAACACAACAUCAAGACCCUCGCGGUCCAAGCCGACAUGGGCACGCCCGAAGGACCCCGAUCCCUCGUCGCAACCGCAAAAGCCCACUUCGAAAGGCUCAACACCAGCAAGAAAUUCCAAAUCGACAUCCUCAUCAACAACGCAGGCGUCGCCCAAAACAACCUCCUCCCCGCCAUAACAGUCUCUCAAUUCGACGUCUCCUACCGCGUAAACGUCCUCGGCCCUCUGCUCCUAACCCAAGCCGUCCAACCUUACCUGCCCCAAGACCGCUCCGGCCGCAUCGUAAACAUGUCCUCCGUCAGCUCCUCCGCCGGCUUCCCAGAACAGAGCGUCUACGGCGGCACAAAGGCCGCCCUCGAGGCCAUGACGCGCACCUGGGCCCGCGAGCUCAGCGAGAACGCCACCGUCAACGCGAUCAACCCCGGUCCCGUGCUCACCGAGAUGUACGCGGGCAACACGCCCGAGUUCAAGCGCUUCAUCAAGGGAUUCAUCGAGCACGCGCCGCUGAUGAAGGCCAGGCAGGGGAUCGACUCGGACGAGCUGGUCAAGGCCGCUGAGGAGGAGGGCGGGAGGCCGGCGUACGUUGGGGAGAUUGCGGGUAUUGUGGGCAUGCUUGUCUCCGCGGACUCUGCGUGGUGCACGGGACAGGUUGUUUGUGCUAACGGCGACCCCUUUGACGACGUCCUCACCCUCGAAGAUCAAUUCUUCUCGGAGGGCUUCCGCCAAGGCACCGAAGACGGCAUCCAAGCAGGCAAAAUCGAGGGCCGCUCCGUCGGCCUCGCAAAGGGCUACGAGAAAUUCUACGAGAGCGGAAGGAUACACGCCCGCGCCGUCAUAUGGGCCAAUAGACUGUCCCUCCCCCAGAAGAAUAGCAGCACAGCCACCAAAAAGCCGUCCAGUUCUUCAGCGGCAGCCUCAGCCUCGGUUUCGGGCUCGGCCGAGCAAGCCCAGCUAUCGACAGAGCCGCCAUCAGAGUCACAAAACAAGACCUGCUCCCUACCGCCGCUGCCGCCCAACGCGAGACUGGAAAAGAACGUCACGACGGCGUUUGCGCUGGUCGAGCCGGACACGCUCUCCAAGGAGAACAGCGACGACGCCGUCAACGACUUUGACGACAGGUUGAAGAGGGCGCAGGGCAAAGUCAAGAUCAUUGAGCGCAUGACGGGUGAAGUGGUUUCUGCGCCUGAGGCUCCUGCUGCUGCUGGCGAUAUAAAGGUCCCGGAGACCAAGGAGAUUUGA